CUUUCAAAACAAACAACUUAGAACGACAUAAAGUUGUUUUUUAUUCCAAUUUUCCUUCAGUUGCACACACACUGUAAAUUUUGAAGAAACAUUUGCUUAUAUAUUAUGGCCUCUUCACUUAUUCUUCAUAAUCUGAGUUCGAUUUCGCCUGCCUUUUCAAAAUGUUACAAAAACCAAACCCUAGCACUUACUCACUCGCAGUUUCUUCACUCAAAUUCAUAUUUAAAGUUGAAGAAGCCAUCUCUGCUCUCAAAUGUCAAAACCAGGAACCUCAGAGCCCAAAAACCUCGUUCAUCACCCCUUGUCUUUGCUGCUCAAUCUAGCAUCGUCAAAAUUCUGCAGACAGUUUGGAAUGUUGGGAAGGAUGGAAUUGAGGCCGGAACCAAUCUGGUGCCUGCCUCUGUACCAAGACCAGUAGCAAGGAUUUCAAUUACAGCUGUGGCAUUGGCUAUUUCACUCUUUUUACUCAAGUCAUUCGUCUCUACUGCUUUCUUUGUGCUGGCCACGAUGGGAUUGGCAUAUUUCAUAUUCAUUGCCUUGAACAAAGAUAAUGGACCAAAAGGGGGUGGUGGUUCCAGUUCCACACCUACCUCUACGGAGGACUCUCUUGAAGAAGCUAGAAGAAUAAUGGAAAAGUACAAGUAACAAAUGCAGGAGGGAUUUAGCCUGCUAACAAUCAAUCAUCCAAUUUUUGUUUGAUUCACUUCUUGGAGAAAUGUUGUGGGUAUUCACUGAAUUGAGGGAACAAUAAAUCUUCAUAAAUGGAAUGUGUAUAUAUUUUUCGUUUUUCAUAACAAGGCUCGCCAUAUGUCGCUAUUCUCCAGUGAUGUUAUCUUGGGUUAGCUUUAAGCCAUGGUUCUGUUUAUAUGCAUGGUGAUAGA